AUGCGUUUGUUGGAGGUGUUCCGUCGCUCCUCUUCGGACAUGAGGAACAAACUGAAGCAGAACACCAACACUUCCGGUCGGUCUGACAUGUCCACCUUUGAAGUUUCUCUGCAGCAACUCAACGAUUUACUGACGGACGACAAAGGUUUUUACAGCUGGCCGACCAAACACUACCACGAGGUUUACCCCAGAAUCUACAUCGGCAAUGCGUUUGUGGCGAUGAAUGUGAUGCGUCUCAAACGUCUGGGUAUCACCCACAUACUGAAUGCUGCGGAGGGAAACUCAUACAUGCACGUCAACACCAGCACAGAGUUCUACUCUGGCUCAGGGAUCACCUACCACGGCGUACCGGCCAACGACACCGACCACUUUGACAUCAGCGUUUACUUCGAAGAAGUUGCAGCCUUUAUAGAGAAGGCUCUGGCACAUAAGAAUGGAAAAGGCAAAGUGUACGUUCACUGCAAAGAGGGAUACAGCCGAUCGCCUACCUUAGUCAUCGCCUACCUGAUGCUUCGCCAAAAAAUGGACGUCUACACGGCUUUGGCUAUUGUGAGACAGAAAAGAGAAAUCGGACCGAACGAUGGCUUCCUUCGACAGCUCUGUCAACUAAACCAAAGGUUGGCUGCUGAGGGCAAAUUGUGGAACAAAUGA